GAGAGUUUCGAGCUGAAAUGUCCGCCAUUGGAAUGACUCAUCACAGGAACUUAGUUCAAUUGCUAGGUUUCUGUAUUGAGGAGUCUAAAAUGCUUCUUGUUUAUGAAUUUUUGAGUAAUGGUUCUCUUGCAGAUCUUCUCUGCAAGGACACUACUAAUCGACCUUCGUGGAAAGAUAGAGUGAGAUAUGUUCAAGAAGUGGCUAAAGGGGUGCUCUAUCUGCAUGAAGAAUGCGCGGUCCACAUCAUACACGGCAAUUUGAAAUCUCAAAAUAUUUUGCUAGAUGAAAGUUGGACUGCGAAGAUCUCUGAUUUUGGUUUUGCCAGGCUAUUAUUAAUGCCAAGCCAACAAUUCAGAAUGUCCAAAGCAUUAGUUGAAGAAAGAUCAAGGUACUCUGCCCCAGAAUGGCAGAAGAAUGCUCUAAUAUCAGUUAAAGCUGAUGUUUUCAGCUUUGGUGUAGUGCUUUUGGAGACCAUAUGUUUCAAAAGAAACAAAGAUGUGAAGGUUUCCGGCGAGGGUGAAGAGAUGUUUCUCUAUCGUUGGGUUUAUAAUUGUUAUAAGGCUGGAGAGUUGUUAAAGCUAGUGGAAGGUGAAAGAAAUGUUGAUUCGAGAACACUAGAAAGAUUGGUGAGAGUGGGAUUGUGGUGCACUCAAGAUGAUCCUGAUUUGCGCCCUGCCAUGAAGACUGUCAUCUUGAUGUUAGAAGGCACUGUGGACGUUCCUUCUCCACUAGCUACUUAAUUUACCAGAGCUAUAUUUGUACUUUGUUUGUGUUAUUAAUUUUGGUGUGUGUUUGUUGUAGUGCUUGCUUUGGAUUGCCAAACUAUUGAUUCAGUGUCACAUGUUACCUUGAAGGGAGUUCAUGUGGAGAGUGAGUAUGAAUAGAUCCCAAGCUACUAUGAAAAUAUUUAUAUAUAUCUAUAUAUAUAUGUUUUAGCUGAGUAGGAUGUUUGUUGUUAAUACAAAAUUUGUAGAGUAAUGCUAUUAGGCACCAAUAUGGUGGCCAACACCACUGAUAGGUGACGCCUUACGAGUA